UUAUGGUCAGUUUGCGUGACAGUAAUAAUCGGAACAAUUAUGAUGAUAUUGGCUCUAGUUAUGACUGGUGUUGCUGGAUACUUCGAUAGCGAUUAUUUUGUCCCAGAAACUUCUCAAAAUGUAAAUACCUCAAAGGAUAAAGAAAAACCUGUUGGUUGGCUUCGUUUUAUAUUGAAGAGUAUGCAAUAUGUUGGCCCUAUUUUAAUGGGUCUUGGAAUGUUUCUGCUAAUUGUUGCUUGUGUAAUUACUCUAGAAUCUCGAGAUCGGCACGCCCAGAUUGGUAUAUUACAAGAAGAAAAUAAUGCAGAAUUGCGCCGUUCAAGACAGUCAACAAUUAAAAGAAUACGAACAAAUGAAAGGAGUAGAGCUAAUACUUUUGCCGCUGGGGAUAAUUCAAGGCAAUUACAAAGGGAAACAAAAAUUCAAGAAAAUGGAAUUUCUAUGGGAGAGAGAAGAAAUUCUGCUGAAGAGAUAUUUGUCCAGGCAGAAGUCCACCUUCACUCUGAAAAAGCCCCCAAAACAACCAAAAUGUAUCCAGCUACAGAAUUUUCUUUAAGUGAAGAAGCAUCAAGUACAGAUGCAAUGGCAGAAUAUACAUUUAGAAGUAAAAGAGAAGAAUAUAGGAAAAAUAAAAAUGUUGAGGAAACAAUCCCUAUAAUACAUGAAAGGAAUAAUCAAAGACAACAAAAACAACUUCCUUUUUCUAAAAAAGAAUUAAAUAAUAACAAUAUUGAAGAAGAAAAACAAAAAGGACGUAAAUCAAGUACAGCAAUAAUUAUACACAAAAACAUCCCAAAAGGGCCAGCACCUUUAGUUAGAGUAGAUUCUUUAAUUGAAUUAACUGCAACAAUUAGUAGUGGUGGGGGAUGUUCUUCUUCUAAUAAUAGAACUUUUGGAAAUUUAAAAAGAACAUAA